CUUUUCGGAACCAACCAAUUGGAAAGGAAAAAAGGAAAAGGUCAACAGGGGAAAACAUGGAUGACGAGGAAUUGCCGCAACUGUCGGCAGACACAUUGAGUGCGCUGAAAGAAUUUUAUGGCGAGCGAGACACGAGGCAGAAGCAGUUCGAAGACCUCAAGUCGAAGGCGGAAGACGACUUCGACGGGACGCAGAAAUGGAGCAUGGAUGCUUUCACGGAGGACUGGAAUGCGAGUCAAUUCUGGUACAACGAUGAGACGGCAACAACACUGGCACGACAGCUCCUAGCCGGAGCAACAAAGGACACCAAGAUAGCGGUCGUCUCGGCCCCAAGCGCCUUCAUCCAACUGAAGAACCUCCUGGCGUCAGGCGAGUACAAAGAGCGGCCGCAGCUCACGCUCCUGGAGUACGACGAGCGCUUCGCCGUGUUCAAGGAGUUCGUGCACUAUGACUUCGAGCACCCGAUCCGGCUCCCGGCUGAGAUGAAGGGCUCGUACGAUCGCAUCAUUUGCGAUCCCCCGUUCCUGAGCGAGGAUUGCCAGACUAAAGCUGCACUGACGGUCCGAUGGCUCGCCAAAUCAUGGAACGCGGAUGAUUCAUUCCGCUUCAUCUCGUGUACCGGCGAGCGCAUGGAGACUCUGAUACAGAGACUCUACUCCAAAGUCGGAACAAAUACGACGACGUUUGAGCCUAAGCAUGCGAAGGGGCUCAGCAAUGAGUUCAGAUGUUAUGCCAACUUUGAAUGUGAGGAUUGGAAGUGGGCGUGAAGGAGAGUGGGGAUGUUCAUGAGGCUGAUUGACUGAGAACUGCUGGGGAGGAAGUGUUUCGAUUCUAUUAUGAUAUCCUCUUUCGUAGAAUGGACUAUUAUGCAAAUGACCAUGGUGACAAGGGAAUCAACAUGUCAUCAAACAAGCUUUCAUUAUCUGAUAUUCUUACGAAGCAUGUGACAUGGUAUCUUGAACAUCAAAGUGAUCGAGACAUUAGCUCCAAGGGUUCCAACAAGCAAGUUUUCCUCUUCAUCACUUUGGCGUCUCAGCAUCAUCGACAUAUAUCACAGGCAAAGGCAAAAAUAGAUUCAUCGAUAC